AUGUCGAAGAACGCCAGAUGGACGGUGGAGAUUGUGGAAGGGUACCAGGCCAUACGGUUACAAAGCUGCUACAGCAAGUACCUGACCGCCUCCUCCACGACGUUCCUCCUCGGGAUGACCGGGAAAAAAGUGAUUCAGACGACUCCCCCGCGCCUUGACACCUCCGUCGAGUGGGAGCCCAUUAGAGAAGGCGUUCAAGUUCGCCUGAAAACCCGCCACGGCCAGUACCUUCGCGCAAACGGCGGCGUCCCUCCGUGGAGGAAUCAUGUCACCUGGUCGUUGAGGUUAGGGCGGAUUGGAACGGGGAAGAGGGGGCAGCCUUGCGAGCUCCUUCCGUCGCCGGCUUGGAGCUGCAGCAGCAACCGAAGAUCUCCCCUCCAGUUUCCGCUACCGUACCGCAAUGGCCUCAUCAGCGAACACUAUGUUCCACCCAUUUUCGUCUAA